AAUGAGGAAGACACAACACAAGAAGUGGUGUUGCUAGCUUACAAUUGGAGCACCAUGUGAGAGCGUUUAGAGGCAGUCAUGUCAGGCGGUGUGGUUCGUUUUCACCUCUGCUUGUGCCACCGAUUCAAAGUUCAAAGGUUGCUGUAGUUUAGUGAAUAGUUGACAGGGCUGAAAACUCUCAGAUGGAGCGCACCUCUCUCCCACCAAUACACAAUGUCGCCAUUUGCGGUGGAACCCACGGGAAUGAGUUGACUGGGGUGUACAUUGUGAGGGAAAUGCAGAAACAGAAGAUGGAGAAAGCGGGGUCUGUUUCUAUAACCACUGUCGAGACCAAUCCAAGAGCCGUGGCUGCUGGCAGACGAUACACAGAGAUGGAUCUGAACCGCUGCUUCACAGAUGUCUUGCUGAGUUCCCCCACAACAGAGUCAACCCCGUAUGAGGUGAGGCGAGCCCAGGAACUGAACGCUCAGCUGGGGCCCAAAGGAAGCGCAGAGGCUGUUGACCUGCUCAUAGAUCUGCACAACACCACUUCCAACAUGGGCCUGUGCUUCAUCUUCUACUCAAUAGACUGGAUCACUCUGCACAUUUACAAGUACAUAGAGAAUAACUUGAGCUCUGUGCCUGUGAGAGCGAUCCAGCUGGACAUUCCCAGCUCCGAAGCUUAUUCCCUGGAGUCAGUGGGCAAACAUGGCUUUGCGAUAGAAGUUGGCCCGCAACCCAACGGUGUGCUCAGAGCUGAUAUCUUCAACGUGGUGAAAGAAGCAUUGGAUCUCACAUUACAGUGGCUUCAGAAAUUCAGUUCUGGGCACAGUUUUGAGGGCGGCACAGUGGAAGCAUACACUUUUGUUAAAAGUGUUGAUUACCCACGAGACUCGGCUGGUAAAGCUACUGCUGUCAUCCACCAAGACCUACAGGAUAAUGACUUUAAGCUUCUGCGAUCAGGGGAUCCCGUCUUCCAGACAUUUUCUGGGGAUAUUUUGAAGUACGAGGGAGAAGACCUCUACCCUUUCUUUGUGAAUGAAUGCGCCUACUACGAGAAGAAGAUUGCUUUCCAUUUAGCUCAGAGAAAAACGUACAGCUUUCCACACAUAAGCGUGAAAAAUGACUGAGGGAAGACAAAGAUAGCAUGAAUGUUUCAAUCACCUUAAGAAAAAAAACACAAUGGAAUGAAAGAUGGAAGUCAGGAAUUUGAGUUCAUCUGUAACACCUGAUAAAGUGCCUUGCAAAACUAAAAAUAUUUAUAGCCUUUAAAUCUUUUCACAUUUUAUCUUGUGAUAAAUUUCUUUUUUUUUUAUUUAUUCUGGUCUUACAUGAUAGACUUGCACAAUGAAGUGCAAGGAAAAUAAUGCAUCAAUAUUAAAAUUUCUACUUUAAUUAAAAAUCAAAGUAGUGUGGUGUGCACUUUUAUUCAGCCCACCUGAAUCUGUAUUUUGUCAAACCACCAUUUGUCAUGGCAGGAGCAGGUAUCCUGAGCUGCCUUUAGGGGUGAGCAAUGUAAUGUACAUUUUAUUAGAUUUUCUAGUAUUUAUUGCAAUAACAAAUUAUUUACCAUUAUUAAUUAUGAAAUGACAGAAAAGUCCCUGCCUGUAAAAUAGGAUCUGAACCUUUUUUUUUCCCACUCUUUCAAUAUUGCAUUAUCAUCCAUUGUGCCCAAACAAAAUAAAUGGAAGCAUUACUUGUAUAUUUCUGA